AUAUAAUUUUGUUAGUUAUGCUCAAAAAGUAAUGAGUUCAUACAUUGAUCCUGACUAUUCUAUAGGUCGCAACCUGCGACAGAGGCGUAGCAGAAUAGAGAUCUCUAGUGCUAACGAAAGAACAGACUCAGAAAAAAAUAAAAGAAAAGGAAAGAAGAAAGCGCAAUACAUUGGAAAAAAUAGCGCAUAUGAUGAAUAUGGAAAUAUUCGCAUCAAUGGUCUAGACAUUUGCGACUGCUUAAAUAAAGAAUGUGAAGGUUGCUGGUAUGAGUGCCGUAGUUGUGGCUCUACCAGAUGUGGUCCUCAAUGCCGCUCAAAUCGGAAGUUCUUCUACGAGGGCAUUACAUAUGAUGGAAAAGACUUAUCUAUACAUAAUAAAUAUAUUCCAAAAUAAAGUAGCGUAUGUAGCAUUGGGCUUUAGAAUGAAAUGAA